AUGUCGCCUCGUCGCUCCUCGCGAGCUCGCACCACCCAGCCCUCUCCUGCCCUCCUCCAACACACCAACUCCUCCAGCUCCUCAACCUCCCUCACCCGCGAAAGGAGCACUCGUUCGAAUAAUAAAAACCCCUCUCCUCAAGGCUCGGCUGGACCUCGCUCCCAGUCCAUCGACGAGGCCGAAAACGGCUCGAGAGCCGACCUCCCGCACACGCGCACGCGCCAGCGGGCCCGCGAUGACGAUGACGAGCCUCCUCGCGAGGAUGAUGAGGAAGACCCAGAAGAUGACGAAGAGGAAGAAGUGACUCGAUGCCUGUGUGGGCAGCAGGAAUACCCAGGCUUGCCUCUCUCUCGCCGCGAAGCUCUCGGUCGCGGCGCCAUCAAGCUGGAGGGUCAUCCAGUCACGGAUUCAUCCGAAACGCUGUCCGAUGACAUCGGGAGCAUGUUCAUUCAAUGCGACUCCUGCAAGGUGUGGCAGCAUGGCGGUUGUGUGGGCAUCAUGGACGAGGAGACCAGUCCCGACGAAUAUUUUUGCGAGGAGUGCCGGAAGGAUUUGCACAGGAUCCGAGACGAAGCCAAUGGCUCUCGUUCUUCGACUUACCUGCCCGUCGCGCCGGUCACGUCGCCGGCGCCUUCCUCUCGAGCCUCUUCGCGGGAAACAUCCCGACGUUCCAAGGACCCCAAAGCGCGCCUCAGCGAAGGCGCAGCGAAUGCUAAACGGCGGUCGACUAUGAACAGCCGGGAUGCCGCUUACGACGAAGAAGAACUGAUCCGACGAGCCAUUGAGGAAAGCAAACACGACAACCAAAGCCCUGACGACGAUACAGCUACACGGAGGGCCAAGCGGAGUCGAAGUGACAGUGAAUCGUGGGUGUUCCUGGAUCCAAUUCCACAAGAUUCCAAGCGUCCUCGCACCACCUCUCCGUCCCCGACGGCCGUGUCGAAGGAGAGUCAUCCGGUCUCCCAACCUCCGUCUGACGACGAGUCCAAAUCGAAAGCAAUGAACGGAACCCGGAGACAGAGAGCCAAUUCCCGAAGCCAGCGGGACAAGGAGCCCGCCAAGGAUACCGAAGAUGUAGAGCCGGAAGCUCCUGAGACUGCCAGUCGCCGGAAAGAAAGAUCGAAUCGGCGCAAAGGAGAUGAAUCCGAGCAGGAGACCGGAUCCCCCACGAAGACAGCACCAAUCGAGCCCGAACCUGUCCAAGCAAGUCCCAAUACCCCCACACCUCAAGAAACAACGGCCGCUCGCCCCGCAACUCGCAAAUCCGGCCGUCCCCCGGCUCGACGAGGAGGUCGACAAGGACGCAAUCAAUAUACAAACCGCGACGUAAACGGCACCGGCACCGGCACCGGCACCGAGUCACCACGCCGCGGACAAUCACACGAGAUCGGCGCCGACUCACCACGAGUAGGAUACAGCGGGAUCAACGGCACACAAAUCAACGGAGGAGACACUGGACGCCCAAGCAAACCUCGACACAUGCACCCGCAGCGAACAACAAUGAACGAGAUGAAGCGGCGCGUAGCGGGCAUCCUCGAAUUCAUCUCGCGCAUGCAAGUCGAGAUGGCCGUCGCCAGCGAAAACGCAUCCACCCCUACCGGUAGCAACGGUGACCGCACGCAGGGCCUGCUGCUAAAGAGCAUGGUCGACCAGAUCGAACACGCCAUGCCCGUGCCCAGCGACGGCGAGUCCGCGCCAGACGACGAGCCCCAUGAGAAAGACUUCAAGGAACUCAGCAGCAUGGAGAUGAUGGACGUGCUCACGCGCCACCUUCUCAAGUGGCAGCAGGAGUUCGGCAAGUUCGGCGAACGGUAGCUGCCGCGCUGUCGUGCCACCGGCACUCUCCAAGGUUUUCCACGUGCCUCGUCUUCAAGGUUGUCCUGGCUGCUUAUACGAUACCCCCCCUUGUUCGCGCCGUUGUACAUUAGAAUUUGUGUCGGCGUCUCUUUUUGGCUUUCAUAUCGGAUCGGCGUCGUGAUUGUGAUUGUUUUCUCUCCUCGUCCUUCUGGAGAUCGAU